ACUCACCGAGUACCGUGUAUACGUAUAUCUGCAAAUAUGAUGCUGUCUCGCACCGUCGUCAACGUUCAGGCCAAGCUCACCAAGAAGGGUGGUGCGCCCAAGAAGGCCGCUCCCGCCUCGGCCCAGAAGAAGACCAUCCGUGAGAAGGCUGGCUGGUGGAGCAACGGCGGCAAUGAGAAGCUGUCGGCUUUCUACGGCCCUGACCGUGGUCUGUGGCUGGGCCCCCUGAGCGGCACCACUCCCGCCUACCUGACUGGCGAGUUCCCCGGCGACUACGGCUGGGACUCCGCCGGUCUGUCGGCUGACCCCGAGACCUUCAAGCGCUACCGCGAGCUGGAGCUGAUCCACGCCCGCUGGGCUAUGCUGGGCGCUCUGGGCUGCAUCACCCCCGAGCUGCUGGCCAAGAACGGCACCCCCAUCGUUGAGCCCGUGUGGUUCAAGGCUGGUGCUCAGAUCUUCGCCGAGGGCGGCCUGGACUACCUGGGCAACCCCGGCCUGGUGCACGCCCAGUCCAUCCUGGCCACCCUGGCGGUGCAGGUCAUUCUGAUGGGCGCUAUUGAGGGCUACCGCGUCAACGGCGGCCCCGCUGGCGAGGGCCUGGACAAGCUGCACCCCGGCGGCCAGUUCUUCGACCCCCUGGGCCUGGCUGAGGACCCCGAUGCUUUCGCUGAGCUGAAGGUGAAGGAGAUCAAGAACGGCCGCCUGGCCAUGUUCUCCAUGUUCGGCUUCUUCGUCCAGGCCAUCGUGACCGGCAAGGGCCCCCUGGCCAACCUGGACGAGCACCUGGCGUCUCCCUUCACCUCCAACGCCUUCACCUACGCCCAGAAGUUCACCCCUCAGUAAUGCCCCUUCACUUGGCUGGCAGCUGUUGAUGGCGCGUUUGCUGAUGGCAAAUUAUUUGGGUCAGAAGUGGUGUAGACGUGGCGUGGCCAGUUUAGUGCUACAUGUCUACCGUGUAUGACCCGCGUUUUCUUUCCAUCUCCCCUUCCCACCCAUCAUUGUUAUUCGGGACACACCGAACAAAAGCCCUCCACAUGCUCCUGAGGCUGUGAACGCCUCAGGUACCUAAGUGCGCUUGCUUGCCCCUAACUUGCAGCGGGCACGUGUAUGAUCUUGUGUCUUUUGUUUGGUAUGGUUUUUGUUUGUACACGUACAUACCGUGGACCGAGUGUGUGUGCAAAGGGAGCAGUUCGCAAGUUUGCGUGGCGAGAGGCAACCGAGAAGAGAAUCAACCCCCCCGCUUGCAUGGUGUCAAAGUGUGCUUCCUAAGGGUCUGGUAUUGGGCCUCGUGCACACUGUAACCAUGCCCCCAU